CUACGGGGAGGGAAAAGGGACAAAAGAGGUCCAGUUUGGGCUUUUUUUGCUUCGCGUUGUUUGGUUUGGUGCUGGAAGGAGAGGAAAGGAAGGGAAGUACAGUAAAAGGAAAGGAUGGAGGAAAAGCUGUCAAGGAGCGGCAGCAGCAGCAGCAGCGUCAAGCCUUACCUGGACAAGCUCACUCUGGGGGUGGCCCGCUUCCUAGAAGCUUCUCCAGGAGUUUCUGAAGUGACAUUUGUAGAGAAGGAACCGGCUGAGCGCCAUGCCAUUGUUUCAUGGGAACAGAAAAAUGCCUGUGUCCUGCCUGAGGAUUUGAAGAAUUUCUAUUUGAUGACCGAUGGUUUCCAUAUGUCCUGGAGUGUCAAGUUUGAUGAUAAUCCCAUGCCCUUGGGCUCCAUGACCAUCAAUAGCAUCUCUAGGUUGACCCGUCUUGGAUCGUCCUCAGUCUAUGCCUUGCCCAAUGCUCCCACUCUUGCUGACUUGGAGGAUACUGAUGAAGAAGGAGGGAACAAGGAGCAGCCAAAGAAGCCUCACUUGGACUCCCGUAGCCUGAUAUUUGAAUUAGACCCAUGCGGAGGGAAUGGGAAGGUCUGCCUUGUGUACAAGAACACCAAGCCAGUUGUCAGUCCAGCGUCUGAGAUCUGGUUCCUGGACCGGGCCCUCUACUGGCAUUUUCUGACCAAAAGCUUCACCGCUUACUACCGGCUUCUGAUCACCCACCUUGGUCUCCCACAGUGGCAAUAUGCCUUCACCAGCUACGGCAUCAGCCCACAGGCUAAGACAUGCUCCAGCUUCUCAAUUUCCUUCUUGAAUUGUGGUGCCCAGGACUGGACACAGGAUUCCAGCAAUGGUUCAACAUGUACAAACCAAUCACCAUCAACACCGAACAGCUCUCAGAGGAAGCAGAUCAGUUUGUUAACAAGCUGGACCCCAACAAGGUGUUCAAGAGCAAAAACAAAACUCCAGUUCUGAAAAAGAAGCUGCCAUCCCAGACACCCCCCUCCCAAAAAGGCCAAAUAGGGGUGACUUCCAAGAAUCCCCUGCAAGCUGGAAGUUCUUCAAGGAGAUGAGGAGCAUGGCUUUAACUGUCCAUUGGUGACUUCCACAUCAGCAUCACUGAUGGCUUCUGUCUAUGUCUAACAGGUGGAAAAGCCUCCCACAGUCUGGCUGGAUUCGCAGUGAGAGGACCACAUUAUUUAUUUUUUAAGUAUUUAUUUUGAAAGCCUGCAGACUCUGCUUUCAUGCCAAACAUAUCCAGCCAUUUGGGCUAGCUGAGGGCAGAACUCCUAUCCUUCUCUGGAGUAAAUUUUGCCAUAACUCUCCAAGGAGCAAAAAGGAAUUGUGGAGCAACAGGGCUGUGCUCUCUUGAUCCCCAUUCACCUAAUAUAAAAUUAAAUACCUAUGAAAAACAUAGGGAGUGCCUGGGAAGCAUCCUUUUAGAGAAAGGAAUGGCUGGGAAACAGAUUUACCUUCCUAAUCCUUGAAAAGAGGUGGGAAUCCUGUGGGCCAGGGUUACGUGCUGCCAAUGGAAGGGUCCUUGAGCCACAUCAGACACACAGAAACUCCCCCAAGACCCUAACCCUAAUCCAAGUUCCAUGAAAACAUUGCAUUUUCACCAAAAAUGCUUCGGAAGAAGCACAUUUAUACUGGUAAAUGGGGCAGGGGGAUCGUAAUUAUCAAACUUUUGUUGCCGUGUACCUUCAAGUCAUUUCCAGCUCCUAUCUCAGGGUUUCCUUGGCAAGAUUGGUUUAGAGGUGAUUUGUCUUUGCCUUCCUCUGAGUUUGAGAACGUGUGACUUACCUAAGGCCACUGCAUGGGUUUCCAUGGCCAAGUAGGGAUUCAAACCCUAGCCAAAUGUGGCCCCUUGGGGACCCUCAAAGUACAGCACCCAAAGCAAGAGCUCUGGAGGCCAAGAUUUGAAUCUCCACUGUCCAGAGCUGUUGCCCAAAGCUCAAACCACUACAUCACACUGGCUGUCUGGACUGCAAAUCCCAGGAUUCCUCAUCCUGGAAAAGUUGUUGGGGGUUCCAGUCCAACCGCAUUUCCAACCCUGCUGUAAAUCAGGAGCAAGCAACUGGAGAGGAGGGAAUACCACUGCAUUUUGCAGUGGCUCUGAAACAUUAUAAACUGUUUUCUUGGUGGUGAAAAAUCACUCAAAAAUAAAAAUAAAAAAUCUUGGGGCUUUGGGUGCUGCACUUUGAGAGUCCCCAAGGGGGAAAAUUUGACAUGUAGGCCGCAGUUUGCUCACCCCUGUUCUCAAUAAAAGCCAACUUAAUGCACCAGCAGCUCCAAGAACAAGAUUGCUCCAUAUUUCAAGGUCUGUUACAAGGAACUCUGGAAGCUGAGCCGAUUGAGGUGCCAGGAGUUUCUAGAGGCAAUCUGGGCAUUUUUGGCUGGUGACUAAGGGUGUGGGUGGUAGAAAGGCAGCUCUGACCUCGAAGUCAGGUGUAGCUUGCUGGUUGGGUAAGACUUCACCACAGCUGCUCAUUUUCUGUGACAACACAGUUGUAAUUUUGGAACAAAGAGGCUGGAGGUAACCCAGGAACUUCCCAUCAGUUUAAGAACGUGCUGGAGAAAACUUCCUUAUAAUGAGUCACACCACUGGUCCACCUAGUCCAGUAUUAUCAAUUCCGUGGCAACCCUGGCUGUCCUGGGUUUUAGGCAGGACUCCUUCCCUAGCCUUCCAGAGAUCCCUGAUAUUCCAUCCCUUCCAGGUAUUAACCAGGUUUGACUUUGUUGGGCUUCAGAAAUCACACCAGGCCAGGGUGAAAGGUUUAUCUGACAUCCUGCUCACCACCAUAUUCAGCAGGAUGAGCAGAGAGUGGAGGAAUCUUGUAUUAUCUCCAAUCAGGGUUAAUACAAGAACCCCUUGCUGCACCUCUCAUCAGUUGAAAAUUUAGUAAUAAAAAAAAACUGAUUGGAAAUGACCAGAAUGUCACUUUGGCAAAUGGUGGUCAUGAAGGAGGACUAAAAGAUGGCCAUCUAGUUCUUUGUGCAUACUCCCCUCUGUACUAGGGUCCUUUUGCACUACACAGUUAUAACACUAUUAUCCUACUUUGUGUGGCUACAUCUUAUGGAAUCCUGGAAUUUGUAAUUUGAUGGCAUACUAGAGGUCUCUGAUAAAGAAUUCUGAAUGCCCCUCCCUAAACAGCAAAUCCCAGGAUUCCACAGGAUGGAACCAUGGCUGUUAAAGUGGAGUCCUAAUGGUAUACUGUAAUUGUGUGAAAGAGCCCCUAGAAUCACAGACCUAGAAGAGACCCCAAGAGCCAUCCAAUCCAGCCAUGCAAGAAAACACAAAGCCCUUCCAACAGAUGGUCAUCUAGCCUCUGUUUAAAAAUCGCCAAAUAAAGUGACCCCACUAUACUCCA